AUGUCCGUCAACGGUUCGAACGACAACUCGAAACAGAAGCAUGCCGAUGAAUGGCAUGAGCAAGAUGAGAUUCUGGACCAGGACGUUGUAGCUUUAGCAGCUACAUACGUACCAGGCUCCGAUGCCGAGAAGGCACUUGUUCGCAAAAUCGACAAACGAAUCAUUCCAUGUAUUUGGGUUCUUUAUACACUCUCCUAUCUGGAUCGAGCCAAUAUCGGUAACGCUAAGACCGGUGGUCUCGAAUCACACUUCAAGUUGACGUCGGACCAAUACUCUAUUGUCCUUUUGAUCUUCUUUGUCUCUUAUGUCAUCUUUGAGGUACCUUCCAAUCUGUUGAUCGGUCGUCUACGACCUUCCCUCUAUUUGAGUGGUCUUUGUUUCAUUUGGGGAGCUGUUGCUGCUCUUAUGGGCGCUACAAACAACUGGAAACAACUUGCUGGUGUUCGAUUCGCGCUCGGUGUGAUUGAGGCUGGUUUCGCUCCUGGUGUUGCCUUUUACUUGUCCUCCUGGUACAAACGUUACGAGCUUGCGAGUCGAUUCUCUAUAUACUACACGGCCACUGCUGUCUCAGGUGCCUUCUCAGGUCUCCUGGCUGGAUUGAUCACUCAACAUUUGAACGGAGCUCGAGGAAUCGAUGGAUGGAGAUGGCUCUUCAUCAUUGAAGGAGUAGGAUCUUCCUUCGUGGGCUGUUUCACUUGGUACUUCAUGCCCGACUGGCCUUCAACUACAAAGUUCCUAAGUGGUGAAGAACGUGUUCUUGCUGCUCAAAGACUUGCUUACGACGGUCUUGCCAAUACUGCUGGAGCCCAGGGUCACAUCGGUCAUUGGGCUGCGAUCAAAAUGGUUAUUACCGAUUGGAGAACCUGGAUGUUCACCUUCCUCUACAUGCUUUGUACCGGUGCACAAACCAUUCAAUACUUUGUUCCCACACUUAUCGGAGCUCUAGGAUGGACUGGAUACACUGGUCAAUAUCAUACAAUUCCCCUCUACGCCUGCGCUUUCGUAUCGAUCUUGACCUUCUGUUUCACAGCGGAUCGUCUUCAAAGAAAGCCUGAAGCCAUCUCUUUGGCCGCAACUAUGGGAACCAUCUUUUUCAUUAUCGUCGUAGCAACCAAAAACCAUAUGGUUCAAUACGUUUUCCUCAUUUUCGCUUUCGGUUGUGUCUAUGCCUUACCUCCUCUUAUCCUCACAUGGGUCCCUAACGUCGUUGGUCACCCCGCCGAGAAGCGAGCGGUCGCCAUCGCUCUCGUCAAUGCUUUGGGUAAUUCAGCUUCUAUCUAUGGUGUAUUCUUGUGGCCAAAAACAGACGCUCCACGAUACAUCCCCGGUUUCUCCGCCACGACUAUAUUCAUGGCUCUGAUCGCAGUUGCUGCUCAGGUCAUGGCCUUCCUCGUAAAGAAGUAUCCUAUCGAGCAGCCUGAUGCCAACAAAGUAGUGAUGGAAGAGAUUGAAAGGCAAAGAGCCGCAGGAAGGAUACAAGCCGAUCAAGCUUGA